CAAAUUAAUAUUUCUGCCUGUGAUAGGUUGUGUCUGGUGUUGUGAGCGGCUGUGCACAACGUCCCCCCCCGCCCUCCAUCCCGGCUGCCCUGUGAGUGGGUCCAGUGAGUCUUCGCCGUUGAAGAUGAAGAUCGACGCCUGGUGCUCUCCGGCGAAGAUGUACGCCCCUCAGAACUACGCCGACGAGGACAGCCUGCCGGUCCGGGCGGCUCCCAGGCCCCUGCUGGUGGGGCCGGCCCUGCUGGACUGCGUUUCGGACCUGGACGUCUCCCUGACGCCCGACAAAAUGAGCAAGUGCGCGGGAAUACUGAAAAAGCAGGAGAGGUCCGCGGGGGAAGGAGGGAGCGGGAGAACAGGGCGGCGGCAGGUUCGUUUCAACACCGGCUGCGACUCCAAGGGCAGCCUGGCGGAGGGGUUGCUCCCGGAGCUGGAUGCCGGGUGGGAGUCGCAAGCUGCCGGUCCCGCCGGCCCGAGGAACGAGCAGCACCCCAGACCCCUCGAGCCGACCCCCUUCCCCCGGGCCGGAGGGAGGAAGCCCUCGGGGUUGCUGGGGGGAGCCGAGAGGCCCCUCGCCGCCGUCCCCCUGGGCCGAGUCGAGGGCCCAGCAGACCGGCCCCUGGCCGUCCCCCAGUACAACACCACCCUGGCCCUGGGGCAGGAGCUGCUGCAGCUGAAGGGGGCGGCUUUCGACGCCAGGAAGGCGGCAACGGACCAGAUGAAGAGGUCGUCGGUGACGCGGCAGUGCCUGGAGGGCAAAGUGACGGAGGGUCUGAACGUGCCAAAGGACAUGCAGCGUUACAGAGGCUUGGUCAGCCUGGAGGUGCCCGUGGAUGAAGUGUUGAACACUGCCAUCCAGGAGAAGAUGGUGCUGGUUAAACCCAGGGCAGAGAACAAAAAGCCCGUGACUGGGGCGGAAGGCCCCGACGUGAUGGUGUUAUACCAGUCCACCGAGCUGCUGACCGAGGAGCCGCACCUUGCCGUGGACGGGCUGCCGACUCUGAAGGUGCAGGCGCAGCCAAGACUCGCAAACUCCUCGUUCGAUCUGUAUCGGAAGCUGCAGCAGUGGAAUGCUUAGUAGUGGCGGCCUGGAUAGCAACAGUGUGUGUGUGUGUGUGUACAAAAACCCCCCAAAAAAUAUAUUUAUUACAGCUGUAAAUUCAUCUCAAAUUCUAUUUGUAAUAACCGGUCGAUU